CAAAUCAGCCAGUUACGUACGCACAUUGCUCAACUUGAACAAGAAAAGAAUAUGCUCCAACUUCACAAUAAACAUCUUUCGAAAACUGUCGAUGAACUUCUCGCAAACCAGUUUGGAAUAACAAAAUUUAUGGGUGAAGACUCGGACAUCAACUUUUACACCGGCUUCCCAAAUUAUCAAACACUACUGGCUUGCUACAAUUUCUUAAAUCCGGGGGAAAAUGGUGAGAACAUUGUUUACAUCACUAGUGCGAACGACGAGUUAGAGUUUCCGGCGUUUCCAACCAAUGAGAUUAACCGGGAAACAAACCCGGCAGACGUCGGAAACUAAGUACUCUGGACGAGUUUUUUAUCGUCCUUAUCAGAAUGAGGCUUGGAUUAUU